GUGUAACAUUAAUUUAUAUAUAUAUUGUUAGGAAGCACUAAAGCGUAUAUCCACUUUAACUAGGAAGGAAAUAAAAUUUAAAUGUAUUAAUCUGUUAAAUAAGUAAGCAUGAUAUUUUAAGGUAUAAGUAAUCUGACAAUAAGAGAAAUGUAAAAGUUGCUUCUAUAAAUGUCAUUUUUAAAAUAUCUAUCUAUUUAUAGAUUCUCCUUCUUAAUAACUUGUAUAACAGAUAAUUUAUCCAUUUUUUAAUUUGCCUGUGAGCAUAUAGAGAGAUGUAAUUACUGAUAUGAAUCAAUUAUUCAAUUAUAUUACCACAAGAGUAAUGAAGAAAACUGCGAAUGCUUACAAUCAAAGGAAAUACACUUUCAGACUUAUUUCUUAUUAAUAAUGACUUUUAUAUUUAGUAUGUGGAAAGAAGAUGAGAUGCAAUUAAUUAUAGAAAAUUUCUUUCUUACAGACUUACAGUUUGAUUGUAUUGCAAUUCGUAAUAAACUGCAAAUAUUAAAAACUAUUAUAGCUGAAGGUUGUAACGAAAUGAUACUUCUACAAGACUCAGAUUUGUAUGCAGUUAUUAGUUAUUUAAUGAUAACAAGAAAAAUUUCUUUAAACAAAAUUUGGGUACAAGAACAAAUACAAGAGACAUUUUUAUCACUUUUAAAUAAGAAUUUUCAUCAUUCAGAUUUUCCUAUUCAUGUAUUUCAAUUUAAGGAAGAUUUACUUACAACUAGAAAAAAUGAUUGCAGUUUAAAUAUAACAUCCAUAUGGUCAGAAAAUAUUGUAGCUGCAAAAAAUUUGGCAUUUUCUUUAAAUGUAUAUUAUUCAAAUUACUCAAUACAGUUGCAUAUCGAGAAUUAUGCACUUAACGACGAUAUUAAAAACUGCGUUGAUUCUACUAACAAAGGAUUCGAAAUUUGGAGUACUAUGUCUUUUGAUUCUAGAAUGCAAGUAUUAUCUAACUUUGCGUUCACAUUAAAAUGCAAUAGUAAAUUUUUAUUGGCAGAUGUGAUAUCAAGAUGGAUAAAAGGCUCAUAUCUCAGUAAAAUAAAUUCAGUAUGUUUAAAACGGACAGAUUUGAUAACAUCACAACAUAAACCAAUGGGUGUUAUUUUUCUUAAGGAAGAAAAUGAAAUUACUUUAUUUUCAAGGUUAAUACAAAGUUUAAUUGCUGGUAAUUCUGUUAUUGUGCUAUGUGAUGCAAAUUCUUGUAAUUUGGCACCAUAUUGUAAUAUGUUUGCAACAGCUGAGAUACCUCGAGGUGUUAUAAAUAUGUUGCCAAGUGAAAGUUUAAGAAAUUUGGAAACAUUUUUAUUUGACAAUAUUUAUGCAGAAUAUAUAACUAGUUUUUUCAUAAAAAGUCAAACAAAUAACGCUGUAGAUAAUUUUCUAACGUUUAAGAAGCUUACCAUAUCAAAGCAAAUUGUAGUUGCUAUUGAACGAUUUUAGUUAUUAAUUAUACAUAUAUAGAUGAUUUAUUAUUGACGUUAAAACCAAUGUUUUUUAUAAUAUUUAUGUAUUAUACACAAAUAUAAAUACCUCGAUAUAUUUAUUUUGCUAUUACAAUAUGAGAAUUCAUUGUCGUUCAUACAUUUUUUAAAAAUAAAGCUGACAAUCAAAUAAUUAUAUAUGCUUUGUAUAAAUAAUUAUAGCUUGUGUCAAAGCUAUAAAAGAUUCCUCUUCCUCAUAGAUUUUUCAUCAUUUACAAUAUAUGUAUAGUAUUAAACUGUGUACAUUCCAGAAAAAAAUAUUGCAACAAUUUUUCUUUCAUAAGUUUCGGAAUACAUUAUGAUCGUGAAGAUCUCAUCGGAUGUCAUUAUGUGAUGUAUUUUGAAACUCACAAAAAAAAAAAAA